UUUCACACUUCCCAGGAAAUCGACAAUAAGGAAAGCUCAGGUCCUUCCCCGCUGAAAUAUGUGCUAACUGCAUUCUGUGUUGCGUGGCGACUUCUCCUCAAAGUUGUAGCAGCUCAGCCAAUGUUGGUGGUGGCACUUCAGGGAGUCUUGGGUCAUCUGAUCUCAGGAUCAUUCUCCUUGGUAGCCCCAAUUGAGAGCCUGUUCUUCUCAACAUUGUUCUCUGAAGUUCUGGGAUGUAUAUGUAGUCUUUUGCAGUUUUCAAUGCGUGGACACAGUCUUCUGUAGCUGAAAGAGAAUAUAUGAGAGUGGAGGAGGGAAAGCAAAUCUCCAGAGACUGAAGAAGGGAAAGCAAACCACGUAUGGUAGAUGGAGCCGGACAUGGAUUAAACUAAGUACUGUGACACAACAACUGUAAAGAAGAGAGGAGGAGAGACAUCAAGAGCAGAAACAUCUGUAAAUCUCUCUGUGGAUGUGUAAUGGUUCCCUAAUCUGCAUAUUCAUACCGCGGGAACAACAGACUGUUUGUGGUUUGACAUCUUGUGACUGUCAUUGACACAACAGACCAAACUCAUCAUAAUGGAACCUCUCUCACAACAAGACUCCAUUCUAGAUUGUCAGAUCUCACAACAGGACUCCAUGUUAGAAUGUCAGAUCUGUUUGAACUACUACAGUUCAUGGCGUAGGCCCAAGCUCCUGGACUGCCAGCACACCUGCUGCUCAGUGUGCUUGACCCAGAUGAGGAUGAGCCAGAGUGAUCUGCGCUGUCCCUGGUGUCGCUGUGUCACCACCCUGCCCCCAGGGGUCUCUGUCUCCCAACUCCUAGAUGACCCAGACACUAUGGCCAUCAUCUCUGUCCCAUACACCCCAGAAUACACACCUGUCUUCAUACGGCUGCCUUGUAACGCCUGCUACCUGCCCCUAGACAACCAUGAGAGGGCUACAGGGUUGGAGGAGGAACAUGGGAUGAGGGAGAGGGAGGAAGGUAGUUGUAAGAGCUCGUUUGGGACCAGGUUCUGCUUUGUGGUUGUUGUGGGAUUUGUCCUACUCUUACUUGUGUACAUUAUACUGCACACCAUGACCUGCAGCUCAAAACAGUUCACCAUGAUAUCCUGUGGCUGAAAGACUUGAUAAUAAUAAGUUAUUUAGGAUCUUUCUGUCUCACUCCCCAGAAUUACAGGACAUUGUCACAAUGCCAGCAUUCAGGUUAUUUCUCAACCAGGAAUAGUUCUGCCAUACUGAUGAAGGAAAUGGUUGUCAUACUUUGUAUCAAAUGAUUUCUCAUGUCUUUGUGCAAUAAAGAGUUAAAAUAUU